UUUAUCAUGAUAAACCAAGUGAUGGAGAAUAUAUUGAACAAAAUCUAGAAAUAGGUGAUUUAUUAUUAAUUGCAUCAGAUGGACUUUUUGAUAAUCUUUAUGAAGAUUUUAUUGUUCAAAUCAUAAAUAAUCAUUUAGAUGAACAAAUCUCAGUGGAAUCAUUGCAAAAUAUUUGCCAAAUGCUUGUUCAAUCAGCAUGUCAUGCUCGUAUAAAACGUGAUGAUAUUCUUGUAUUAUUAUUUUGUGUUGUUCCUUGCUCAUUAAAAUCAACAAGUGAAAAAAAUGGUAAAACUACAAAAAGUUCAUCAUGUUCAUCAUCAGAUUCAUCAUUAUCUUGUAUAUUAGUUGAACAAGAAGAAAUCGAACAAGAAGAAAAAGAAGACGAAGAAGAAGAAUCAUUCGAUUUAUUUAUAUUUAAAGAUACAAAUUAG